AUGGCUCGCCGCGUGGUCUUCCAGUCUUCGACAAACGCUCAUUCGCGCGACACCCUCCAACGGGGGCCUCUGCCGGCCCUCCACGAUCCAAGAUCGGCCCAAACUGGCCGUGGAUACCCCAACCAGGCGCCCCAACGCCAACCGGAAGAAUCCUAUCCUUCCCAAAACUACUAUGAAUCUCAUAAGCUCGACAGUGGCGCCAAGGGCUACGGCUCUUGGCACCAUCCCGCUCCGCCUCAUCCCGCUCUGCAAUACGACCGCGACAUUGUCCGGUCACCCUCGAGCCUGUCCUGGGACUCGAGAUCGACGUACUCGACCGACAGCCAGUACCCACCGGCGUCCUUCUCGCGGGAGUACAACGAUCCCCAAGCCGCCCGCGCCCAUUACGACUCGUCAUCGUCCUCGGACCAAGGCGCCUAUCUCCCGGUGGGCUCGCACUAUCCUCCCGGAAUGCCUUCACAGCCAUCCUCUCGCGACGAUAUGCGGCCCAACCUCCGGCGGCCCGUCCAGGAAGCACCUCGUGGAGUUGUCCGGACCGCCCCGCCAAAGUUCAUCUCCGGCCCCCAGAGCCCACAGCAUCAGUCCCCCGGCCUCCCAUACCCGCACCCGUACUCACAGUCCCAGCCCCAGUCUCAGUCCCAGUCCCAAUCCCAGUCGCAGCCGCAUCCCCUCGAUCCAAGCGACUUGAACAGCCGGCGCUGGAAAGCUACCGAGUCUGCACCACACACGAUUGCAUAUGGCCGUGGUGGCCGCGACCGCAUCAACACCGACAACACUGCGCCGUGUGACGAGUGGAUGGAAUACCCCGACGGCUUGACGACCAUCUCGACGGCAAGCUCGUUUGGAACGACCUCGACUGGCUCCUCGGGUGCCUCGGUCUCCAUAUCCAGCAUCGUCAACGACGACGAGGAUCAGCCGCGCUUCCUGCUGCAAGAGCCCAACAGCCUGAAGCUGCAGCUACACAUCCAGAGUGGCGAUGGCUCAACAAUCGUCACAGACAUGACUGUAUCGCUCAUUCAGAGCGUCAAGUCCGUCGUAGAUCGGGUCAAAUCGCUCUACAGUAUGUCCGGGUACUUUGUCGUCUAUAGCGACGAAAAGAAGUCGAUUUUGUACGACGACUUGCCGCUUGGCGUCUACGAACUCAAGCAGAAUUCGAUCCUGCACAUCCAGAUUGCCACCGGUCGUGAGCUGGAGAGCCGCAUCUCCCUGGAGCGAGAACGCCUCAAAAACCCCAACCUGCAACCGAUUGAUCCUGGCAAGAUUGCAACCGUCCUGGCACCCGGCAGUCUCUAUCUGUCGGUGCUGAUCUUCAACGAAAACAAGCAGAUCGUCAUGACCAAGAAGGGCCUGCUCCCCUCGAUCGAGAUUUGCCAUCUGGGCGCCAAGGAGGUUCAUAAGUUCACCUCGGACACGGAUACGUUCUUGUGGAUGAAGACCACGACGCUCGACUGGGAGCCGCUCUCCAGCCACGGUGCGCCCAGCUAUCCCGCUGACGAUGGCUCCGAGCCGUCGCUUGCCUUCGAGUCCGAUGCACUCUAUCAGCGGAUCAAGAACGUGACGGGGCCCAACAUGGAGACGACCUCGAUUCGCAAGGGCUUCCUGAAGGCUGCCUUGUCACUUCUCCAGCAUCUGGAUCUCAAGUCCUUCGGCGUCACCCUGAACUCGCCAGUUGCCAUUCCCCUCGACUCCUCUGGCGAAUCUGCUGCCACGAUGGUCCUGAGCUUGGUCUUUUACAGGAUAUCGGGCGACAAGAGUGCUAGGAAAAACAGCCCCAUGGCAAAGAAGAUGAAGACUGCCGGACUAGAGUGGUGCUCGCCCCACAAGCUCUCGUCGAAUCUCUAUCACAAGUCCGUCAUGGCCAUGAACACGGCCUUUAUGCAGUUUGCCCGCCCGCAGAGCAUCGACAUGCCCAGGGAAUCCGCCAUCGAUCAUUCCGCGAGCACCCCCAGGCACUCGCGCUGCUCGACAUCAGCCGUCUGGAGCUCGUACUGGAAAAUGUACCAACGAUCCAUGGCUGUCCUGCGGCCCGGUACCUACGUCGGGGCCAUGUACACGCACCAAAUUGAAGGAAACACAUGCAAGUAUUACCAAGACUCUGGGUUUUUCUUCUUCUCAGACGCACAUGUGAUGGUGCAGCGACACUACCAGAACAUGGUCCCGGUGAUGAAGCUGCCUGACGACGUCGAAGUAACUUCGGCCGACUUUUCGUUCCUGACCAGUCGUGGUGCCAGCAUCCUUGAUCCCGCAGACCUCGGCGGCCCAUACUAUCCCACGACUGCCUUCCAGACCGGCUUCCUUCGGGCCAUCGAGGCGCUGUCGUAUUCAACGGGACUUGACCUGCAUCUGCGGCAGCUUGCCAACGCUGAUCGGCCUGUGGAUCUCACCAACCGAGCCCAUCUCUACCUGCUCGUUGCGCCCGUCACCAGCGAGCUGCUGUUCAACUUCAACGAACGAGACUACAUGAUGCUGCCACUCAAGCUCUUUGAGGAGAUUCACUACGAAGUCUACGACCCGAUCACCUACCAGGACUACCACACCUACCUCAGGACGCUCUCCAGCCGGAUGAUCGAAAUGCACCGACAGGAACGGCGCCGUGCCUCGGUCGCCGAUAUUAGCGAUCAGGUUUCUCGGCGCGGCGAGACCAUGUCCCCCAUGGCACUCGAUACUCCUUCCCACCAGCGGCAUCCCCGACCGCCACCUUCGGUCGAGUCUGACUCGAUGGAUGUCGAUCCUGCUCCUGCCUCCGGCCCUGCCCAGUCACGCUCAUCGUCCUAUGGUCCCAGUCUAGCACCCAAUGCGGCUUCGACACGCCCAUCGCGGUCACCAUCGGUCUCCAACUUUUCCUUCCCACCGCUCGCUGCGCACAUGUCCAUGCCCGAGCUGCAGAAGCUUGUGCUCUACGCCCAGCAGCAGUGGAUCAAGUCGCGGUGGACUCGGAUCUACUUUGGCGCCUCUGGAACGCGAUAG